AUUUGGGUAGGAAGGAAGGAAUUGGUUAUUGCAGUACCGUUGAAGAUGGCGGCUAUAAUAAUAUUAUCAAACGAAAUUCUUCUGGUUCUCCGUUAUUUUCGUUCGUUAAUCUUCACCACCCCAAAUAUCUUCUUCAAUUCUUGCAUUUCUCUCACCAGAAUCAUGUCAAUUUCUCUCUUAUUUACCCAUUUUGCAUAUCCUCCUCCUCAGGUAGCUCGAUCGACGUUCCAUACCCCUGAGGCUGAGAUACAUACAAGAAAUCAGGGCAUUUGAGUUUUCUUCUCUCUCUGUCAUUGUGAAGAGAGAGAGGAAAAACAAAGUCUUCAAGUGCUAGGGAAAUAUUUACAAUGGAGUCGAUAAGCAGCGGAGAUGAGAUGAAUGGACAAGGAGAGAAGAUUUUUGUGUCUGUGAGGGUGAGGCCUUUGAAUGAGAAGGAAAUCGCCAAGAACUAUUCUUCUGAUUGGGAAUGCAUAAACAACAACACUAUCAUAUGCAAGACUGCCGUGACAGAACGUUCAAAGUACCCCAACGCCUACACAUUUGACCGAGUAUAUGGGAGCGACAGUACAACAAGACAAGUGUACGAAGAGGGAGUCAAAAGAGUUGCUCUUUCGGCCCUCAAUGGCAUCAACUCAAGUAUAUUCGCAUAUGGGCAGACAAGCAGCGGGAAGACAUACACCAUGACUGGCAUCACUCAAUAUGCAAUAUCCGACAUAUUUGACCACAUAAACCAGCAAAUUGAUAGAGAAUUUAUGUUGAAAUUUUCGGCCAUUGAGAUUUACAAUGAAUGCGUUAGAGACCUUCUUAGUGCAGAUGGUACUCCACUUAGACUGCUUGAUGAUCCGGAGAAAGGGACAGUUGUCGAUAAACUCACAGAAAUCCAUUUAGAGGACUGGACCCAUCUAAUGGAACUCCUCGCCGUGUGUGAAGCUCAAAGAAAAAUUGGGGAAACAUCAUUAAAUGAAAUGAGCUCCAGAUCGCAUCAGAUUAUUCGACUGACUAUUGAAAGUACCGCCAACGAAUUCUCGGUGACUGAUAGUGCAACCACUCUUACAGCUAAUGUGAAUUUUGUUGAUCUAGCAGGAAGUGAACGCGCUUCUCAGACGUUAGCAGCUGGUAAACGGCUAAAAGAAGGUGGCCACAUAAACCGCAGUUUACUAACACUAGGAACUGUUGUUCGCAAAUUAAGCAAAGCGCCAAACGGUCAUAUUCCAUACAGAGACUCAAAACUAACACGAAUCCUACAAAAUUCACUUGGAGGAAAUGCAAGAACGGCUAUAGUAUGCACACUGAGUCCCGCACAUAUUCAUCUUGAACAAUCAAGAAACACACUACUGUUUGCUGUUUGUGCCAAGGAUGUCAGAACAAGUGCCCAGGUUAAUGUUGUCAUGUCGGAGAAGGCAUUGGUCAAACAGUUGCAACGAGAAAUGACUAGAUUGGAAAAUGAAUUAAAAAGCAUGUCCGGCUCGACAAAUGAUACUGAAGUAAUAAUCAAAGAAAAGGAAGUUCAAAUACAAAAAAUGGAGCAAGAAGUAAAAGAUUUGACUCAGGAACGUGAUCUUGCUCGAGCGCGCCUUGAGGAAAUAUUACGAGCAGCUGGAGUUGAUCAAAAUAUACUGCCAUGGAUUGAUUCCGCUUCAUGGGAUGGAAGUUCGGUAUCUAGUCAUCAACGCAACGGUUCAUGGGAUGAAAGUUCUAUAGCUGGCCACCUGCGUAACGGUUCAUGGGAUGGAAGUUCGGUAUCUGGGCACCUACGCAACGCUUCAUGGGAUGAAUAUUCGGCAUCUGGCCACCAACGAAGUGGUUCAUGGGAUGCACAUUCCAUGUCAGAUACAUCUGAGGUGGUGGUCAACGCUCCUCUUCUCCCCAAUGCUUCGGUCAACACAUACAGUUUUCCAAAGGACCAUAAACUACGCAAUCCAAAUGAAGACCACUACGUUUUCGAUAAUAUCACCCCGCGUGAGUUUAUGAACCAAUAUUUCGGGCCAGACUCGACCCAGGAAUGGGAGAAGCCUUCCCAAAAGAACAGGAGAAGUAUAGAUUCAAUAGAUAGCUUCAAAGAAGUAGAAGAAGUUAUUGAGAAAGAUGAAACAGAUGACAAUGAGGGCAAAUUGGGAAAUUCACAUGUUGAUCAAGCUCCGUCAAACGAAAAUGUAACUUGUUUGAAACCUCAAACGUUAACAAGAAGCACAAGUUGCUCUGCAAUUGUUGAUGGUGAUCCAUCGCCUUCUCCUAAAUCUGAAAAGAAUGUGGUGGUUGAAUCGAAAUCCGAUUCGGAUAUUAAGAACUUGACUCAACAAGAUUCUAAGAGAUCAACCAUGAGUGCUGAUGAAAAAGAAAUGCAGCAACGGACCGAUGGGGGCAUUUUCGACCUUUCUCCAUCAUCUAGGACGCUUGAAAAAGUAAUGGAGUAUGACCUUAGAGGAAGGUUUAAAGAUUGCAUAGGUACACCGGAACCAAUUGAAUCAGGAGAUGAAAUGAAGGAGGGUGAAAACGUGUGGUGUGCAUUGUUUGAGGAGCAAAGAAGGAUGAUAGUUGAACUCUGGAAUGAAUGCAACAUACCAUUGCUUCAUAGGACCUACUUUUUCUUGCUCGUCAAAGGCGAUCCUUCGGAUUCUGUGUACAUUGAAGUAGAGCUUAGACGCCUAUCAUUCCUCAAGCAAACGCUAGAUGAUGUUGCAAGUGCAAGAGCCCUGACGCUCGAGAGGGCGAUGCUAAGCAGGAAGCUUUUGAGCAAAUACACAUCGAGUGAAAGAGAGAGCUUGUUUGCCAAGUGGGGAAUCGCUUUGGAAUCCAAAAACAGAAGAUUCCAAUUGGCUCAAUUAUUAUGGACAAAAACAGAUGAUCUUGAGCAUAUUAAGGAGAGUGCAGAUAUUGUUGCAAAGCUUGUCGGGUUCGUUGAACCAAGCACGCCAAUGGAAUUGUUUGCAUUGAGUGUCGCGGCUCCCAAACAAGAACCGCAGACCGGCCUUUUCUCUUCAUGGAGAAAUGCCCUCUCCUUGCUAAGAUAUUAAGUCAUACCAUGUAACCAAAUGCUAAGUAACCUUAUCUGUUAUAUAUUCAAAUCUAACAUUCCGAUUUUACACAAAACUAACCUUAAUCAGUUGUAUACUUAAAUCCAUCAUUACAAUUUUGCUUUAAAUUUGUA